UUGUGAAGAAAAACAUCUUGAAUCUGAAGACAAAAAAAAAAUCAUCAUCUUCAUAAGAAUAUUGUCGGUGCCCUGUUCUAUCCCUCAACUACCUCAAAUCUCUCUUCUUUUAAUUUAACCAUUUUCAUUUUCCACCCUAAAUUUUCUCCAUUAUUUUCUUCAUUCUCUCCAAUCUUUUUCUUCUUUUGUGUUCUGGUUUACAUUAUUAUUUCCACCUGCAUUGCAUAUUAAAAGAACAAGUUUUUCAGCCAUAUAAUCCCGCAUUGUGUGUGCGGGAUCAUUAAAUCAGUGCAGGUAAAUUUGUUGAGGUGAAUAAGGAUGGGAGAGAAAUCAAAAAAAGGGGGUUGGUGUGGAUGGAUUAUAGCUUUGGUAGUGGUUGCUGCGGCUGCUGGAGCCAUUGUGGUACUUUUUAUGAAGAAGCAUAAUGGUUCUGGCUCAGAUGCUGCUUCUGGUGCUUCUGAAAAGAAAUAUGGAGAUGCUCUGAAAAUUGCAAUGCAGUUCUUUGAUGUCCAAAAAUCUGGGAAAUUGGUAAAUAAUAAGAUAUCAUGGAGAGGUGAUUCAGCCGUCAAAGAUGGAAGUCAAGAAAAGUUAGACCUCAGUCAAGGAAUGUAUGAUGCUGGUGACCACAUGAAAUUUAAUUUCCCAAUGGCUUACACUGCCACUGUGUUGUCAUGGGCCAUCCUUGAGUAUGGUAAUCAGAUGAAGGGUGUGGGCCAGUUGGAACCUGCUCAAGACUCACUCAAAUGGAUUACGGACUAUCUUAUCAAUUGUCAUCCAAAAGAUGAUGUUCUUUAUAUUCAGGUGGGUGAUGCUGAUGCUGACCAUAAAUGUUGGGACAGACCCGAGGACAUGACUGAGGCAAGGCCUCUAAUUCAGAUAAAUGCUUCUACCCCUGGAACAGAAGUUGCAGCUGAAACUGCUGCAGCUAUGGCAGCAGCAUCCCUGGUCUUCAAGUCGAAGAACUCAGCAUACUCAAGUAACCUGCUUAAGCAUGCUAAACAGUUGUUUACUUUUGCUGACAAACAUAGAGGUACCUACAGCGAAAAUAUUCCUGAAGUCGCAACAUAUUACAAUUCAACUGGAUAUGGAGAUGAGCUCUUGUGGGCAGCAAGUUGGCUAUAUCAUGCAACUGGGGAUCAAAUAUAUUUUGAUUACGCGACUGGGAAAAAUGCAGAUUCUUUUGGUAAUUUUGGAAAUCCAACUUGGUUUAGCUGGGAUAACAAACUAGCUGGUACUCAGGUUCUUUUGUCCCGGGUCAGCUUCUUUAAUUCGAAAGUCUCAAACUCAGACACACUUCAACAGUACAAAAAGACUGCAGAAGCUGUCAUGUGUGGUCUCUUACCAAAAUCUCCAACAGCUACAUCCAGCAGAACUGAUAGUGGUUUGAUAUGGAUAACUGAAUGGAACGCGUUGCAGCAUCCUGUAGCCUCUGCCUUCUUAGCUGUGCUGUACAGUGAUUAUAUGCUCACUUCCAAGACUGAUAAAAUGACUUGUGAUGGUAAUGAGUAUACACCAUCUGAUCUCAGAAAGUUCGCCAUGUCCCAGGCCAAUUAUGUAUUGGGCGACAAUCCAGCAAAGAUGAGUUAUCUCGUAGGCUAUGGGGACAAAUAUCCGCAGUAUGUUCACCACAGAGGGGCUUCCAUUCCUGCAGACGCCAAUACUAAUUGCAAAGAAGGUUGGAAGUAUCUAGACUCAACUGAACCAAAUCCUAACGUUGCAACUGGAGCUCUCGUUGGUGGUCCAUUUCUUAAUGAGACAUAUAUCGAUUCAAGGAACAACUCGAUUCAAGGAGAGCCAACCACAUACAAUAGUGCUGUGGUUGUUGCCCUUCUUUCUGGUUUGGUUUCCACUUCCUCAGUGGUUCAAUCUUUCACCUGAGCUGGAUACCAUCUCACGUUGUACGUCUCUUAUCAUACGUAGAUGCAUACAUAUUUUUUUAUUUCUUGUAGCUCCUUGAACCCAUAAAGGUUGCUUUAUAUAUAUAUGUGUAUGUUAGUGUAUCACAUCAACUGUUCUUGUGUACUUAUAUCAAAUAUAUGUGCUGAACAGGGAUAAGAGUUUUUGUAGUACUACUUUGCUCAAAAUCAUUAUGCAAAUUAUCUCGUGUUGUGGCCAUGAAGGUCUCUUAUUC